GGGCAAACAUUGUAAAUGCAGUCAGCACCGGGUGACACUUGCAUUAUUGUAUUAAUUUUAACCGUUUAAAGGCGAGUUUUAAGUUUAUUUCUGAUCAUUGGCACACUGAUAAAGGCCUCAAGAUGGGUAACCAUGGAAUGGAAGAUCUUAUACCCAUCGUGAACAAGCUUCAAGAUGCUUUUGCAACCAUUGGACUUGGGAGUUCCCUGGACCUGCCACAGAUUGCCGUAGUGGGCGGGCAGAGUGCCGGUAAAAGCUCCGUGCUGGAAAAUUUUGUUGGAAGAGACUUCCUUCCUAGAGGAUCAGGUAUUGUAACAAGAAGACCACUCAUCCUCCAGCUCAACCAAUCCAAAGCAGAAUAUGGUGAGUUCCUUCAUUGCCGGGGCAAGAAGUUCACAGACUUUGAUGAGAUCCGGAAGGAGAUUGAAGCAGAGACGGACCGCAUCACCGGGAGCAAUAAAGGCAUCUCAGCCGUCCCUAUCAACCUUAGGGUCUACUCCCCUCAUGUGUUGAACUUGACGUUGAUCGACCUCCCCGGUAUGACCAAGAUACCAGUUGGUGACCAGCCAGCGGACAUUGAAGUACAGAUCAGAUCUAUGGUAAUGGAGUUUGUUUUGAAAGAGAACUGUCUCGUUCUCGCCGUCUCACCGGCUAACUCGGACUUGGCCAACUCUGAUGCCCUGAAAAUAGCCAAGGAGGUCGACCCCUCAGGUACACGCACAAUUGGUGUGAUUACAAAACUGGAUUUGAUGGAUGACGGAACUGAUGCGCGUAAUAUUCUGGAGAAUAAACUGUUGCCACUGCGCAGAGGAUACAUCGGUGUUGUGAACAGAAGUCAGAGAGAUAUUGAGGGAAGAAAAGACAUCAAAGCAGCGCUGUCAGCUGAGCGUAAAUUCUUUCUGAGUCAUCAAUCUUAUCGUCAUAUGGCAGAUAAGAUGGGUACACCUUACCUACAGAAAGUUCUCAAUCAGCAACUGACCAACCACAUCAAGGAAACUCUUCCUGCUCUAAGGAACAGACUCCAGACACAGCUCCUUUCCCUCGAGAGGGACGUUGCAGAUUUCAAGGACAUGGACUACAACGACCCCACACGCAAAACCAAGUACAUGUUACAGAUGGUACAGCAGUUUGGGGCAGACUUUGAGAAGCGCAUAGAGGGCGCUGGUGAUGAAAUCAACACAAUGGAGCUGUCGGGCGGGGCCAAGAUCAACCGCAUCUUCCAUGAACGCUUCCCGUUUGAGGUUGUCAAGAUGGAAUAUGAUGAGAAAGAAUUAAGGAGAGAGAUCAGUUAUGCCAUCAAGAACAUCCGCGGUGUCAAGGUUGGUCUGUUUACCCCAGACAUGGCAUUUGAAGCAAUUACCAAACGGCAGGUACAAAGACUGAAAGAGCCAUCUCUGAAAUGUGUUGACUUGGUCACCAAUGAACUGAACAAUGUGGUCAGGCAGUGUGGAGAAAAGAUGACACGAUAUCCCCGUCUUCGUGAAGAGACAGAAGGAAUUGUAACCAGGCACAUAGCCAGCAAGGAACAGAAAACCAAAGAACAAGUCUUGCUGCUGAUCGACAUCCAACUGGCGUACAUGAACACCAACCACGAAGACUUCAUCGGAUUUGCCAAUGCUGCGGCCCAAUCGAGACGAACCACUUCCUCAAACAAUGCUAACUCACAAAAGGCACAGCGUUCUGUCACCAACCAGCUCUCCAGUGCUCAUCACCAAGUUAUUCGCAAAGGAUACAUGAAUAUGCAUAAUAUCAGCUUCAUGAAGGGCGGUUCCAAGGAUUACUGGUUUGUUCUGACGGCAGAAAGUAUCUCAUGGUUUAAAGAUGCAGAGGAAAAAGACAAGAAGUACAUGCUGCCAUUAGACGGUCUGAGACUGCGCGAUAUGGAGUCAGGAUUCAUGUCUCGCCGACAAACCUUUGCUCUCUUCUUACCCGACCAAAGGAAUGUUUACAAGGACUACAAGCAGCUUGAAUUGUCAUGUGAUACUGCUGAGGAAGUAGACAGCUGGAAGGCGUCGUUCCUCCGCGCUGGCGUCUACCCAGAACGAACCAAGGAUGAAAGCGAGGAAGGAGCGCAGUCAUCCGGUGAAUCCAUGGGCUCCAUGGACCCACAGCUAGAGAGACAAGUGGAGACAAUCCGUAACCUAGUGGAUUCUUACAUGAAGAUCAUCAGCAAACAGAUCAGAGAUCUAGUCCCUAAGACGUGUAUGCAUCUUACUAUCAACGAUACAAAGGAUUUUAUUCUUGGUGAACUGUUGGCCCAUCUUUACUCAACUGGAGAUCAGGAUGCUUUGAUGGAGGAGUCGGCUGAGGAAGCUCAGAGGCGAGAGGAGAUGCUGAAGAUGUAUCAUACGACCAAGGAGGCCCUCAAGAUCAUUGGCGAUAUCAACAUGACUACCAAGUCCAUUCCUCUCCCGCCCCCUGUUGACAACGAUGACUUGAUUAAACCAUUUGCUAACGGUCCUACUCCAGCAGCAGCUGCAGGAGGUGCAAGGAGGACCACUCACGCCCCUCCAUCCAGACCUGGAGCUUCUGUUCCUCUCAUCCCAAGCCGGCCGGAUAUGCCGGCUAGACAUGCUCCAUCGGUCCCAAAGCGUCCAGCUGGUGGAUCAGCUCCUCCUAUUCCAGGCCGACCAGCCGUACCAGCUCGUCCAAUGUGAUCACCUAUUGUUUCGUCAGAUGUUUGUGCUGUUUGGAAAGGUGUAUUUUGUCACUUUUGUUUCCAGAUAUUUUGAGUCCCCAUUAGAACCAGCCUAGUACGCCCAUUAGACAUCCAUGUGACCACUCUCUUAGUAUUACAGUAUCUGGGCCCAAUUCAUAAAACCUGUAAACACAAAAAUUUGCCAAGUACAGAAAAGUAUUGCUUAGCAGAAAUAGGCUACCAGCCAAGAUUUCAUUCAGUUUGCAUUGUUGUGGCUGGUGCCCAACUCAAUUUUUGCUUUGCAAAGAAAUUUGCAUAGCAGAAUUUCCUGCUUGACAGCUUUAUGAAAUUUGGCCCAGGACAUAAUGACAUCUUGGCUUGGCUUUCCCCCCAGUUUGGCAUUGCUUCAAGUUCAAAUCAAUCUCUAAAGUCAUGAAGGUUUGACCAUUUGUAAUAGAAAUGUUAUGCCUUCUGGUGAAAACCAGGGGCCAAUUUCAUAGAGCUGCUUAAGCAAAAAAUUUGCUUAAAGGAACACGUUGCCUUGGAUCGGUCGA